AUGUCGCUCGAUCAUGAUCACACGCACACAGCAGCAUGCUUUGUUGAUAUCAGGCCGCUCUCUGUGGUCGAGCUGUUCCAAUCUCAAGGAUGCGUGUCAUGUCCUCCCGCGCUGCCGGGCAUUCAUGACGCGACAAAUAACCCCAACCUUCUCCUUUUGACAUACGAUGUUACUUACUGGAACGCCUCGAGUGGUUGGGAAGAUACCUUUGGCUCGUCACAAUGGGACUCUCGACAGCGCCAGUACGUCCAGAGGUGGGGUCGCAAUGGCAUCUUCACACCCCAAAUUGUCAUUGACGGAGUCUCGGAUGGUAUCGGCGCGACAAAGGAGAACAUCAAUGAGGUCAUCACCAAAGCCAUGGAGGUCAGAAACAACAUGCAGUGGGCUGUUGGACUGGACCGAGUCGGCAAUGACUUGAGAAUUGCAUCUGAAAUGCCUGAGGCUGACCAGGUCUACAACGUGUAUAUCGUCAAAUUCCAGCCAACGCACGAGACCGUCAAGGUUGGGAAAGGCCCAAACAAGGGGAAGAAGGUACCACACCGCAACAUUGUGAAAGAGCUUACGCAAGUCGGGGAAUGGAGAGGAGGCAUUGAACGAAUCCAGUUGCCAGCAUUCAGAAAUGACGGUUACGAGCGAGUCGCUCUUGUGCAGGGCGGUAUUGGAGGACCUAUCAUUGGCGCGCUGAGGCUGUAG